AUGGCUCGUGCGGCCCGCGGCAAAAGGGCGGCCGGGGAUCACCGCCUGAGCUUUCGUGCAGCCAAAGGUGCUGAUGAGGAGCUCAGCGCGUUGAUCGCGAGUUUUCGGCCCAGCCUGACCCCAAAGGAGGUGUUGCACGCUGGGGCCUUCGGUGGUACCUACUUCAGGGACAUUUACUCUUCAGUCACCGGCAAAAAUUACAAAGAUGCCUGGAAGGAUUUGCCCAAGAGCUGGUUGAGAGGCUUGGACGUCAAGCGCCAGUUGGCUCGCGACUGGGAAGACUACGAUGCAUCGGUGAACAAAUAUGGUGUGAAAUGCGGCAACACUCUGGAGGACUGGGAAAAUGCGGGAUGGAUGCACCCGCAAGAUCCGUAUGGUUGGUUUCAAUGGUACUGUCGUUUCUUCGAGGGCCGGAGAACGGACGACGAUGCGCGGCAGAUCAAGCGAUGGUUGAAGGUUUGCGGACCUUCAGGCCGUUGGAAGGCGAAUCUGAUUGCCAAGUGCGUCAAGGCCAACCGCAGCUACAAUGAUCCCAAGGUGUCGCCUGUGGUGCGACAGUCCUUGCUGCACUGGGCCUACGAGCUGACCUUGAAAGACUUCCGGGAGAAGCAGCCGGCCAUCCUGGCAGGUGGUGGCGCGCCCUACCUGCCGAAGGAGGAACUCUUUGAAGUGCACCAGCGCGCAGCCCGUGAG